AUGUUGUCAUCACAGGGGAAUAAUGCCAUUAUUUAUUUGAGUUAUGCAUUUAUGUUAUUCACAGGGUUAUUCCUUGCUUGGAAAUUUGCUUCUAAUAAAGAUUUCUUAGCCGCUAAUGGUACUCAAAAAGGUCUUCCAUUAGCUUUGAAUUUCAUUGCCUCAGCUAUGGGGGUUGGUAUCCUUACAACUUAUGCCCAAAUUGCCAAUAUUUCAGGUUUACAUGGUUUGUUAGUUUAUACCAUUUGUGGUGCCGUUCCAAUUCUUGGAUUUGCUGCCGUAGGUCCACUUAUUCGUAAAAAAUGUCCUGAUGGUUUCAUUUUGACUGAAUGGGUUAGACAUAGAUUUGGUGUUGUUACUGCUUUAUAUUUAUCUGCUUUCACCUGUUUAACUAUGUUUUUAUUCAUGAUUGGGGAAUUAUCUGCCAUUAGAGGAGCCAUUGAAACUUUAACUGGUUUAAAUGCUUUGGGUGCAGUUAUUGUUGAAGUAGGUGUUACUACUAUUUAUACAUUCUUUGGUGGAUUCCGUGUCAGUUUUAUUACUGAUAAUUUCCAAGGGGUUUGUGUUUUGAUCUUGUUAAUUAUUUGUGCUUGUGGUAUGGGUUCUUAUAUUCAUAUCGAUAAAGAUCUUAUUGGUCCAAGUGGAUUAUUGAAAGGUAACAAAUUGGGAUGGCAAUUAGUUUAUAUCUUGUUUGUUGCUAUUCUUACCAAUGAUUGUUUUAUGUCUGGUUUCUGGUUGAGAACCUUUGCUAGUAGAUCAGAUAAAGAUUUAUGGAUUGGUACUUCCAUUGCUGCCGUUGCAGUUUUUGUUAUUUGUACUUUAGUUGGUGUUCCAGGUUUCCUUGCUGUUUGGUCUGGUGACUUAACCGUUGGUGAUGAUAAUGGUUACAAUGCUUUCUUUAUUUUAUUAGCUAAAAUGCCAAAUUGGUUGCUUGCUUUCGUUUUGAUUUUCUGUAUUGUUUUAUCCACUUGUACCUUUGAUUCUUUACAAUCAGCCAUGGUUUCUACCAUUUCCAAUGAUGUUUUCAGAAACAAAUUAAACACCAACUGGGUUAGAGGUAUGCUUGUUCUUCUUAUGGUUCCAAUUGUUGUUUUGGCCGUUAAAGUUGCUGAUAACAUUUUACAAAUUUACUUGAUUGCCGAUCUUGUUUCUGCUGCCAUUAUCCCAUCUAUCUUCUUAGGUUUAGCUGAUAGUUGGUUCUGGUACUUGAGAGGUUUUGAUAUCAUGGUUGGUGGAUUCGGUGCAUUGUUAGGUGUCUUUGUUUUCGGUACUGUUUAUUAUGAUAGUGCAAAAGAAGGUGGUAAAUUAUUAUUGAUUUGGAAUGGUAUUUAUGACCCAGAAGAUUGGGGUGCAUUUGGUGCUUUUGUUAUUGCUCCAGUUGGUGGUGUUGUUUUUGCGUUACUUGCUGCUGCUGCUAGAAUUGGUUCCUUAUAUGUUUACAGUAAAAUCACUGGCAAUCAAUUCACUGCAUUGGAUAGAAUUCCAACAACUUUUGCAAGUCAUGCUGAUGAAGGUGAAGACAGUUCAGUUAAAGAUAAUGUACCAGUGGAAUUUAUUCCAGUAGAAAGUGAUAGCGACAAAAAACUUACAGUUUAG